CCCCCUCCCACCCCUUUAAUGAGAAGCCUUAGCCAGAAGAAAAGCACAUACAGCCUCAGAAUUGUCUGUACUUCCUAGGAGAGAUACUGUGACUGCUGCUCCUCUAUACACAAACCAACCUGGGAUAUAAACAGCCUGGCAUUUGUUCAGCACUACUGUAAAAGCAUGGAAAGGAUUCCCAGUACUCAGCCCUCAACUAACUAUCUGGAGAGAUCUUCCUCACUGUCUGGGGUGGAUUUAUCACAUAUGUAUCAAGUUUUUAAACCAAGAAAAGGGCUGAAAAAGUGUGAUGACAAUAAGGAUACAUACAAACUACCGCAUCGACUCAUUGAGAAAAAACGAAGAGAUAGAAUUAAUGAAUGUAUUGCUCAACUCAAAGAACUGCUUCCUGAGCACCUCAAACUGACGACUCUGGGACACCUGGAGAAGGCUGUCGUUCUUGAGCUAACCCUGAAACAUCUACAAUCUUUGUCCAGCCUGAUUGAGCAGCAACAACAACAGAUUAUCAGUCUGCAGAGAGGUUCUCCAUCAGAAGCUAAGAAAAAUUCUGGAGAGGAUAUGUUCCGUUCAGGGUUCCAGCUAUGUGCAGAGGAGGCUUUGCGUUUUUUGAAGGAUGGUGAGAGAUGUGAGUUGGUUUCUCACCUUCAUCGUGUUGCUUCAGAUAUCAGCCAAAGCCCUGAAAGAACUUUACCGUUUCCUGUUGAUUCCGCCCCCAAAGAAAACGCCACAAACUGUGUGCCUGUUAUUCAACGUGCAGGUCCUGUUUCAGCUGGGGAACAAAGUGGGACUGAUACUGACACAGACAGUGGAUAUGGGGAAACAGAAAAGGGGGAAGGAAUCCGCGAACAGACGGGAGCCAGAAAAAAAAGGGUCUCCAGUUCUUCAAACAUGGACAUGAUGAUCAAACAGGAACCAGAGGAGCCCCCUAGAAAGAGACCCAGGAUGGAAGGCACAGAGGUGGAAACCCAGCUUGGCAUCAGUGAUUUCAAUUCAACAGGGUCUUAUCAUACCAGCCCUCCUCCUCCCUUUUGUCUCCCCUUUUAUCUUAUACCCCCUUCUGCCUCUGCCUAUCUCCCCAUGUUGGAGAAAUACUGGUACCCAAGUUCUAUACCCUUGAUGUACCCAAUGCUAUCACAAUCCGGGCCAUCAGUAUCUCCCCAAGACUCGUCAUUACUGAUGCAAGUCCUCAAACAAGCAUCCACACCAAAUAUGGAUGGGAAGGACUGAGCUUGAGGUAGAGAACACAACAUGGUAUUUGUUACCGCACUUUGUAAGGCGGAGACAAAAACUCACGGUAUGACCCACAGAUGGCACCACAGACUGCAGGAGUGAUUGCAAGUGAGAACUAAUAAGAGAAGGACUGUGAGUCUUGUACUAUUAGCUUGGGGUAUCUGGUGGUACCUGAAGGCUGUUAAACAUUGUGGGUUGUAGAGCGGAAUGUUUCCUCCCUGUGUCUUACACGACUAGAGGAGGCUUCACCAGUGAGUCUCAGAACUUCCACCAUAGACUCUUAGCCCUAUCAUGGUCUCAAGAAUGGAAGGAGCAGAACAGGAGACAUCUGGACAUACAACACUUAAUAUGCAAAAACCUCUAUAAACCUUUUCUCUGACGCAGGUGACAAUUAAAUGGCACUAUAUAGCAGUGCAGCUUUCUGAGUUGCAGAUUGUUGUCUUAUUUUUUUAAAAACUUUUAAAUAUUAUAAUAUAUUAUUAAAAGAAAUAAAAUCUUUAAUUUCUUAUA